AUGUGUACAUAAAAUUGCCCUAUUCUGACACCCAUAACUUUUUUUAUUUUUCCAUCUACAGGACUGAUUGUUUGCACGAUGAUCUUUAGUUUUAAUUGAUACCAUUUUGAUGUAGAUGGGAUUUAUUUAUCGCUUUUUAUAAACUUUUCUCUGAUAUAUGGUUGAAGUGUUUCCAGUGACAUCAGAGUUUCAGGUUGAGUCUCCCAGGCCCUCCCCUCCUCUGUUAUUGGAUGGGAAACCUAAACCCUGCCAGUUACCUUUAUGGUCAGAGCACAGUGUGUGGAGAAUAGGAGAAACUGUGAGGCAGGGACUGCAACUGUUUAGUUUGGACUGAGCCCAGAUGAAGCAAUUCCUUUUAGGAGUCAGGGUGCAUUGGAGUAUAUGUGGCCCCUUCUGCACCGCUGCCUGCCUUGUUUUCCUGGGAUCUGAUAUGAUCCAGAAGGACGUUUACUGAUCCACAGAAGGUUUUCCUAUCCAGAUUAAUCGGAAGAUGAAAAUGAAAGAAAAUGACUAUUCUAUGAAACAUCAAGAUUUUUAAGCUGAAAAAAAGAAUCCUGCCCCUUUCCUUUAGUGAUGUCUUCAUUUGGAAAUGCAAUAGAAAACUGGAGUAUAAGAAGCAAAGGUGAUAUUUCAGAUCUUCAGCAUAAGCUGGUCUCAGAUGGCUGUGCACUGAGUUCCUCGCCUAUAAAAGCUAUGGCUGCUGUAGUGGACUCUGCUUACAGUUCAUUUUCUGGUAGUUCCUAUGUUACAGACUAUCAACCAUUUCCUCAUGGAAGUUGUCACUUGAAUGAACAGAUUUCUUAUAUGGACUCAGAAUAUGUGAAAGCUAUUUAUAAUCCAAAUGCAGAAGACCAAAAAAAUAUUCAGCAGAAUUUGGGAUGUGAAAAUUCUACAUCUAAAAAUUAUGAUUUAUCUCCAAUGAGAAUAAAUAACUAUACCAACCUUCAACACUUUGAACAGUCUGAUCUAAACAGGGAAUCUGAAAAUCAUUUCAGUCAUAAAAGUAAGAGAAGUCCCACAAGUACAAGCGACCUUUCCUCUCCUGAGCACAAACUUUGUCGCCACUAUAAUGAAGAUGACAGUCCUGUGUGGGUAAGGAGCACUGUACAGGGAGAAUGGACACAGACACGUGUUAUAUCUUGCAGUCGGGAGGAAGAGGAUUAUCCUCAAUCUACAAAAUUAUCACAUAAUGUAAACUGUACUGACAUAAAAAAUAAUUCCCUUUCUCAAGUUAGUGCCUUAAAUACAAACUGUGUUGAGCAAAAAGAUUUUCAGACAAUCCACAUGAAAAGAGAAGAGCAAAAUCCAAGCAAUAUGUAUACGGAUUAUUGCUUGAAUGAAGGAAUGGCCACCAAAAGCACAAGAUGUUCAUUCAAUGAACUUAUGUCAGAAAAAAGUGAAGUUAGGAGUGGUUCUUGGAAGCCAGCUCAAGAAACCAAUUGUUAUAAUCCUGAAGGAACAAACAGUGAAGGAAUAGAGGAUCUGGCACAUACUCAAGUGUGCAAAGAACAAUAUCGACCAAAAUCCCAGAACAUGAAGGACCUAGAAUGUGACAGUAUUGGACAAUGGGAUAUCAAAUACAAAGGUUUGCACACAAAAAACAGCCAAACUCUUUACGUCAGGCCCAGUGAAGAUUUGUUUGAACAACCUUCUAAAGCACUCAAUCGUGAAGUCCCUAAAACAUAUGUCAGGAAAGAUGCAACUAUAAAACCUGUCCCUUUGAUUUCUCAGGAACAAGAACUGUCUAUGCCUUUAAUUUCUGACUUUAGUGAAUUAACAAGUGAGAAGAUAACUAAGGCAUCAACCCCAAUGCUGUACCAUCUUGCUGGGGGAAAGAACAGUUCUUGGCUAAACUUCAAAAAUCAGGCUAAGCACUUAGAUGCAAGUAUAGAAUCCAAGACAUUUCAGCCAACGGGCAACUCUUCUACAUCCCAGGUAGCUGAGCCAAAAAGGCCUUUCCAUGAAACCAAAAGUCACUCACAAAUUGUUGAUAGUUUUGUCAUUGACAGUAAUGAAUGCGACACAACUGGUAACUUAACUUCAUCAGAAGAGAGUUUUAUGUAUGACUACAGGGAGAAACUCAAGGUUGCCCAAAAAAAGGUCUUGAGAGAAACCUCUUUUAAAAGAAAAGACCUGCAGAUGAGUUUGCCAGUAAGACUAAAAUGGAAUGCACCCAAAAGGCCUUCCAUUGAUCAUGUACGAUCAUAUUCAUUAUCUGGCUCUAAUGAAGAAGCUAAAUUUGUCCAGCCGAAAGCAGUAGUGGACAACAAUUACAAAAAAGAGGAACCAGAAAAGAUCCUAAUUUCCCGAAUUGGCGGAAGAAAAAGACUCACUAAGGAGCAAAGGAAGUUAUGUUAUUCUGAACCUGAAAAACUUGACUAUGUGGGUGUACAGAAUUCUUUUUCUGUUUGGAACAAUGAGGGAUCAAGUGAAAUCAAAUUAGGUGAGCAUCAUAGGAUGAAGUCUACAGACAAAGAACGAACGCUUUCAUCUUCAAACCUCUCAAAGACAGAGUUAAAGCAAAUCCAACACAAUGCUCUCAUUGAAUAUAUGGAACGAAAAGCAAAUCAAAGGCCCAGCAGUAUUUACCAGUCUCAAACGCAAAAACUAUCAGGACAUAAAUCUAUGUCCGAAUGGAAAUGUUUGACAAAUGAAAUGUCAAGUAAUGAUCUUCAGCAACCAUAUUACCAUAGAAGAUCGACUGGAGCCUCUUCUUCAUAUGAUGCUACAGUCACGUGGAAUGACAGAAUUCUAAAGAUGAGUCCAGAAGAUUCUUCAAAUUUGGUGGACAAAACUGUGGACGGCAAAUCUAAAUCUUACCUUAAUCAAUCUCCUUUAAGUAACAACAAAUGUUAUUUUGAAGAUUCAGCAGCCGUUUCCUUGAAAAACUUGAAAUCCGUAAAUCAAAAUCAGGUAUCAGCUGGGCACUUGACUUCCUCAACAUCAGCACUUACAAGCAAGAACCAUGUUUGUGAUAAUAGACUGUCUGCUACAAUGGAUAGCACUGCAUAUGAGAAGGAAGAGGUUUGCAAUGCUAGGGCUAGAGGAAAGUCCAUGGAAGAAUUAGGAUCUUCAGACAGAAUAAGGCUUUCGAUGCUGAGUCAAAGCUCAGAGCAGCUUUCCUACAUAAAAGGCUCUGUGCUCAGCACACAGUCAGAAAACGCAAGAAGUACAUCUGUGGUCCAUCAAGACAUGCUGAAGGCCAGUCCCGAGCCAAGAAGCCGGCCCAGACAAACAAGUAAAGAAGAUUUGCUGGAGCCCCAUAGAUCGGCACAUGAGAGACAGUCUAGUCCCCAGACAUCAAGUGGCAUCUCUUCUCCUUCUCAGUUUAAACCUAGGACUACAGAGCAAUCACAAUAUAUACAAACAGAAAAUGAGGCUUUUGCACAGCCCAACAUUAUCAGCACAGAUGAUGCUUUGAGACCCCCAAACAUGUCAGUGGAAGACCCUAGACAGCCAAUAUUUCAAUCCGAAGAGGUUCAACAAGCCCGCAGCCCCGUACAUAUGCACUCUCAACUACUACAAGCAGCUAUGAGUAUGCGCACGCCAAGCUUUGAAGCCAAUGAAAAAAGUGUUCCCUGGUACGAUAAUAAAGUAAAAGCAGAAGUGAAUGACCUUGGUGAGAAUUCAGUAUUUAAAGGGACAGGUAUCUCUGUAACAGAAAACCAAGAUUCUGGAGAAGUAAAUGAAGAAUCACAGUCCACAAAUAGUGAGCCGAUAAGACUUGUGCAGCAGAAGAAUUUUGACAUUGCUUCCUCCAGCCAUAAGAAUGGAACAGAAAUAGCCAGUUCUUCUACCCAUGGUGAGAACAAUGCCAAUGAUGAAGCUUUUGGGCAGAAGUCCUGCAUGAAGGAACAGGGUGAUGCCCCAAGGGAAAACUCGACCACCUUAAAAUCCCAAACGGAAGAAAGGUACACAGAGCUAGUAAAGGAGAUUACUACAAUGGAUAAGUCUCUGGUUGAUGUUCUUAAACCUCUACCUGUACGGGAAUCUGCAAUGGGCCUCAUGAAAAGCCUCUUCUCUGUAGACAUUUCAACAAGAGAGCAUUCCAGAAACCGAGAAUUAAAGAACAACACGAUAAAUACUGAAGGUCUAUCGAAAUCACAUUCAAGAACUAUGUUGCCAGAAAAGUUCAAUAACCAGAAACCGGGUGUGGAAAGCCUAGAUAACAUCACUUUGCUGAAGAUAGAACUUAUUUCUAGCAUCACUUCACUAUUGGAAGAACUUUGUGGUGAAAAGGAACUUCUCAUUUCUGAAAUCAGUAAAAACACAAACCAUGGCACAAAUAUAGAUGCUGUUGUGAAGGAAGUAUGUAAGCCCAAUGAAUAUGAACGAUACAUGAUGUUUAUUGGAGACCUGGAGAAAGUGGUGAGCCUCCUGUUCUGCCUGUCAGUGAGGCUUGCCCGGGUUGAAAAUGCUUUGAGCAAAAUUGAUAAGGAUACGGAUGCAGAAGAAAUGCAAUCAUUAAAGGAACGUCAUAACCUCCUGUCCAGGCAAAGAGAGGAUGCCAAAGAUUUAAAGGACAACCUGGACCGCAGACAACAAGUGGUUACAGGGAUCCUAGCCAAAUACCUAAGUGAGGCUCAGCUGGAGGACUACAGAUAUUUUGUACGGCUGAAGACCUCGCUCUUGAUCGAGCAAAAAGACCUGGAUGAGAAGAUUAAAUUUCACGAGGAACAGUUGGAAACUCUUCAGAACAGCAUUUCCCCUUAGAAGCCCGCAGAAGGCAUAGCCACAUUCUUGCUGGCAUUCCUUGUCAUGACGGCAGAGUCCUUUGGGCUUUGAGAUAUUAACGUGUAUUGGUGUUGAUUAAGCUGCUGCUAAGACAUAACAGAAUUAGUUCUCCUAACCCGUCCGUAAGUGGGACUUGCUGAAAGCAUUUAUUCUGUCAGUGUUAAGCAAGUAAAUAAAGUCCUUGGAAAGGUUCACAGAGAAGGUUGAAAUUUGCAUUAAAAGGAUCCCUGAGCUUUAACAAAAUUUUCUUUUUUUUACAUGGGACAUGUCAAAAGUUUUGAUUGGUUAAAGUCUGAACAUCCAGACCCCAGUCGAUUGGUAAAACUAGCUGGGUGAAGCACGUGACAUAGCGUUGCUUCUCCCCACUGUCUGUGCAUGUGCCCCAAGACCACCCUAUUGAGUUAUAUUACAAGGCCGUCUCGAUCAGAGAGGGACAGAGCCAGGAGAAAAAGGAUCUUAGCGUGGUCUUCUUCCGGAUUGUUUUAGUGAUUGGUCGAGAUCUGACCCCAGCUGAUAAAAACUUUUGACAUGUCCCUAGGACAUGUCAAAAGUGUGGUAAAAACUCAGUGACCCUUUAAUACAACUGUGUGCCUUUUUUGCAUAAGUUAUCAUUGUUUUGUCUUUUUCAGUGUUGUUAUAACUAAUAGUGUCCAUGUUAUGUUUCUUGAUUGACUCAUUUCAGUCAUUUCAAUAAAAUAUAGACAUAUUCCUGAAUGUAUUGUCUUUAUGAU